CAAUAACAUGGCGUCUACGAUUGCUGUGAAGGCUAGAGACAAACAACAUUUAACGAUUCAGUUCAAAUAACACUUGUUUAGUGUCACCCAAAGACACGUAUGGGUAGUAUAUCUCCAUCGACAAUGCUAUUUCAUACUUAAUUUCUCUGGUCUUUGAAUAACACCAGCACUCCAUGUCCGAAGGACCUCUGGCUCCCUGGUCAAAGAGGGGUUGCGUGGAGUCGCAUCGCCGAGAGCAGGGCAAGUACAAGCAGAGGAAAUGUGACUGUCCUUUCAGUGCAGUGAAGCCGAAGGUUGGCCAGGAGGCCUUGAAAAGGUGCCUAAUGGCGGGGGAUGUGGAGAUGUACCUUUCCCAAGUGCAUGACGGCAGCGUGUCCUCUGGCUUCCGAGCCUUGUAUGAGGAGCGGCUGUUGCUUGAUGUCACUCUGCUCAUUGAAGAACACCACUUCCAGGCACAUAAGGCGCUGCUAGCAACGCAGAGUGACUAUUUCCGGGUCAUGUUCACUGCUGACAUGCGGGAACGUGACCAGGAUAAAAUUCACAUGAAGGGGUUGACGGCAGCGGGUUUUGGUCACGUCCUUCGCUUCAUGUACUACGGUUCCUUGGAGUUAAGCAUGAUCACAGUGCAAGAGAUCCUGCAGGCUGCCAUGUAUGUACAACUCACUGAGGCUGUGGAGUUCUGCUGCUCUUUCCUGCUGGCCAAGAUCUGCUUGGAGAACUGUGCUGAGGUCAUGCGGUUGCUUGAAGACUUCAGUGUUGGCGUGGAAGGUGUGCAGGAGCAGCUCGACGCUUUUCUGCUGGAGAACUUUGUGCCACUGAUGUCACGACCGGACUUCCUGUCUUAUUUGAGUUUGGAGAAGUUGAUGGCAUACUUGGACAGUGACCAGCUGAGUCGAUUUCCAGAAAUUGAGCUGUAUGAAGCAAUGCAGGCCUGGCUGAGACAUGACCGGCGACGCUGGAGACAUACGGAUGCUGUGGUGCAGAACUUGCGCUUUUGCCUCAUGACUCCAGCUAACAUAUUUGAGAAGGUGAAGACAUCCGAGUUCUAUCGUUAUUCCCGCCAACUGAGGUUGGAAGUGGAUCAGGCACUCAGCUAUUUCCAUCAGGUGAAUGAACAACCACUGGCUGAAACCAACUCCAACCGUAUCAGAUCAGUAAGACCGCAGACUGCUGUAUUCCGAGGAAUGAUUGGCCACAGCAUGGUCAAUAGUAAGAUCCUAUUGUUGCAUCGGCCUAAGGUGUGGUGGGAACUGGAAGGCCCGCAAGUCCCACUUCGACCAGAUUGUCUGGCCAUCGUCAAUAACUUUGCUUUCCUGUUGGGUGGUGAAGAGUUGGGCCCGGAUGGAGAGUUCCAUGCUUCUUCGAAGGUUUACCGUUAUGAUCCCAGACAGAACUCUUGGCUUCGUAUGGCUGACAUGUCCGUGCCAAGAUCGGAAUUUGCCGUUGGCGUCAUUGGGAAGUAUAUUUAUGCUGUUGCAGGCCGCACUCGUGAUGAGACCUUCUAUUCUACGGAGCGUUAUGAUAUCAUUGAGGACAAGUGGGAGUUUGUAGACCCAUACCCUGUAAAUAAAUAUGGGCAUGAAGGCACAGUGCUUAAUGGGAAGCUGUAUAUUACUGGUGGUAUCACCUCAUCUUCCACCUCAAAACAAGUAUGUGUCUUCGAUCCAGGGCGGGAAGGAACAUCUGAGCACCGCACACGCCGUACACCCAUCCUCGCCAACUGCUGGGAAAACAAGUCAAAGAUGAACUAUGCUCGUUGCUUCCAUAAAAUGAUCUCCCACAAUGGGAAGCUGUAUGUGUUUGGUGGGGUUUGUGUGAUUCUGCGUGCCUCAUUUGAGUCCCAGGGCUGCCCUUCAACAGAGGUGUUCGACCCAGAGACAGAUGAAUGGACUAUUCUUGCCUCAAUGCCUAUUGGACGCAGUGGGCAUGGAGUGGCAGUGUUAGACAAACAGAUCAUGGUGCUUGGAGGACUUUGCUACAAUGGUCACUACAGCGACUCUAUCCUCACCUUUGACCCUGAGGAGAGUAAGUGGAAAGAGGACGAGUAUCCUAGAAUGCCUUGCAAACUGGAUGGGCUACAAGUGUGUAGUUUGCACUUCCCAGAAUAUGUUCUGGAACAUGUGAGACGUUGCAGCUGAGGCUGUUUUUGUAACUUCUAGACUGUUUGGGAAAAAACAUUUACAGGUGUGAAAAGUAAUACUAAUGAAGCUUUUAAACUGUAGGUCAGUGCUUAUUUAAGAACAAAACUCCUUUUUAGGCUUUCACAAAAGAAAGGAAGGUUUGUUGUUUGGUCGAUACUGUUGGUCAAUUUUCAGAACUGGCUCUCUCAUUAAAAACAUAUAAACACAAAUCUUUUUUGGUCAUAAAUCUGACUCAUUGCACUGUAAUUAUUAUCCUGUAGAGCACAUAAUAUUUCUCAUGUAUCACUUCAUUGACUUCUGAGAUGUUCUACUGUAUCCCUUCUAUUGUAUCCCUUCAUUCUGUUCACUGGUGUUUUACAGAAAGUUACGUUUGAUGCGUACAUAUUCCACUACAUAAAUUUAAGUUUUCUGCUACAUAUAGGAGCAAAAAAAGAAGGAAGUAGUUGUACAACUCCAGAAAAAUAUUGUAAAAUCCCUAUUAAAAAUCCCUAGUUCUCUGUCUUUUUCUUUAACAUUUGCUAAUCUAAGAAUGCAUUUGUGCUGAUUCUAGUGAUGUUCUAGUGGAUUUUGAUGAUAAUACUGACUAUGAUUGUAAUGAUUGUAAUUCUGAUGAAGAUGUUGACAAGCAUUGCACUCGUAUUAGGGCUUAUAUUACAGCUCUGCAUUAACACCCGGUCCUCCACUGCUGACUGCCAUGGGGAGGGCAGAGUUUAGGGGACAUGUUCUCCAUACUUUACUGGUUGUGCUUAUGCUUAUUACACUUUUAUUUUAUUAUUAUUUAUUAAAAUGGCAGAGCCUUGCCUUGAUCCAAACAGUGUAAUUUAAUGAGCUACUUUUUUGUACAGUAUGUUUGUCUCUCACUCAUAUUGUUGCAUGAGCAAAAGGGCUAAAGUGCAUAUGCAUUUUGCUUAAUUUCUACAGCAUAACAGCAGUUUGGAGGCUUAUUCCACUCUGUAUUCAAAUCAAUUGUUUAAGCCUGAGCUUUGAUGAUGAUGUGUGUUGCUACAGAGUUCCUGAUUGGUUUGUACUUCCUCAGACACUUACUUUGUAUGACCUUUUGUCUCUUGUCUUGUUUUUCUCAUCCAAAAUUCAUGUUACUGUAUAAAUAGAUGCCAAACUGUGGACUGUAAGGGCAAAACUGUAAUAAUCUGAUGCACAGAUGUGUCGGAAGUAGAUUUGAACCUCUAAUCUUGUUAUCCUUUAGCAGAAUAACAGGGAAUUAUUCCACUAUAAUAAUCCAUAGCCCUGUUGUACUACACUCCACCCCAAAAUUGUUCUAGAGAGGAAUAUAAUCAGAUUGCUAAUGUGUUGUUUACCCUAAUCAGAUGGUUCACUGAUAUUUGGAGACUUUGUAACAAAUUUCCAGAAAUAAAUGUUCCUAUUGUCCAGCUCUCUAAUUUUUCCAAUUGAGUUCAAGAAACGUAUGUGACCCGCUCCAUUAUUUUAAGUCUCUUUUACUUAGGAACACAGUUGACAUAAGUACUAAAGCCAAAAGCUUUCUAUUGAUAUACAGUAGCUGUAAUGUUUUUUUUUUUCCUAUUGUUGAGAUAAAAUCAUUUGAAUGCUGGUUGAGACUUUUUGCUUUAGUGCAUUAAACUGUAAAUGUUGUUCUGGGUCAAACUGACUCAAAACUAACAAGCCACAUAUUAGUUUAACACGUGUUGCAUGUUCAUAAAGGGUAUCCCUGUAAGAGUAUCCACUAGCAGGACAUGACCCUGAGUGUGUUAUUGAGCUAAUGUGACUAUAUCUGACAGAAAGCAACACUUUUGUGCUAUAUUCAGAAAGAAUGUUUUGGGAAGGUGCCUUCUUAGUAUUGUGUGCAUUGUUGGUCACUG